GCCAUCAGGCAAAACGCGCGUAUGCUUCUUGGGAGGAUUCUUUCGAUUGACCGUUCGUCGCCGCAAGCCGUAGCAGCUCCGACGUCGUGUUGAUGACGGAGACGUAAAUUUUGACGAAAGAAGAAAAUCGAUUGACUGGUUGGAGUAGUGACGACCGGAUAGAUUUUCCCUGUCGAAGCAUUCUGCUACCGCUGGUGCUAUUCGCUGAAGUGUAGACGGAAAACAUUUGUCGGUGAGUUUGAAGACACGUGAAACAGGGAAACUUGAAGCCGACGAUCAAGACAUCUAUUUUGAAGAGGUGUUCACUUUUCAGCUAAUAACAGUGAUAAGCGUAGGAUGAACGGUGAAAUGUGAUAGUGACCCAGUAGCCAAAGUGAUGAAGCAAUUUGAAGUUGAUUCUGAUUCUUUGGUAAACAAGAUCACAGAAUGUGAAAUACGAGCUGAUACUAGAAAGUGAUCCGCGUUAAUUCUCUGGUUUGGGCUGAAUCAGAAAAGAUCAUUAGAGAAGUUGAACAAAACAAAAUCUACAAAAGGGGGGAAAUUAAGCAAGUGGAAAAGUCGUCAACGAAUAACACUAUUUGUCUAUUUCUGUCACGAUAGAGUUUGUUGUGUUCAGAAGAAAAAAAAAUUGAAAUUAACUGCUGCCACUUUCAACUGGGAACUGCCUGCAAAUGUGUGUCAAACCGAAUAUGUGUUAUAUGCGGGCCCGGAAAGAAUGACGAUCGUGGGUGGAAGUGCAUAGAAGAAUGAAACCUAUUCUGAGUGACCGAGCGGCACAGGAAGAUGUAACCAGUGGACCGAGUUCGGGCGCGUAAUGGGAUUUUUUCGGGUAUUGUUAUGCUAAUACGAUGUUUAACGAAUUUCACGAUGCAAUAAAAGUUAAGUUUAGUGGUUGGCCUACGCUGCGUGCUGCAUAAUGAAUUAUUGUAACCGUAGAGCGAAAAUCGAAUAGCCUAAUCGACAGUAGAUUCGAAACGCCGGUAGUGUGAUGUGAGGAUUUAAAUCAAUUCGAUUGUUUAAAGUGGGUGCAUGCGAGUGGAAUAUAAAAGAAGAUUGAUGGUGCACAAACAGACCUUGUGAGCGGAAAUUAAAGAUACACUUCAAGUGAGCAAAGAAGACCAACUGCAUCCAAGUGACAACGACGAGCAGGACGACUACGCCGUCGUUGGCAACAUCAGGACCACCAACCAAGACAGCAACCGUCGUCGUGGUGUUCCGCUGCCUGUUGGAAGUGAAUGAUUGGAUAAUUGGCGUCAGCAAAAUUAAUUGUGGUGUAUUUUCGGUCGGUCACUCUUCCGUGGAGGCGGCCCCGAAACGGACGUCAACAACAGUGGCAAAGUGUUUUAAAUGUGAUUUUCUAUCCGAGACGGCGAAAACUUUGCGUGUGUUCAAAGCACGGUUGAAAGUAUCUAAUUGAAAUUAAUGCAAAACGGACAGUAUGACAACUGGAGGUUACUGUUGAACGAGAAGACGAGAAAGUGCAGAGUGGCAGUGAACCCCGGACCGCCGGCGCAGUCAAAUUGAAACACUCGAAUCUUUAAAUAAGAAAAAACGGCGAACGAAACGAAUUCCGUCGGUGAAUAAUGAGUACGCAGUACGGGACUCAAAUGGGUUUCUAGAGAAACGUUCCCGGUUGGCCGUCGUGGCAAUAAAUAAAUUACUCUCGGGAGCAGCGGAGAAGGCAUUCUGCGACCCCUUUUAAACGAACCUACCACCAGUGGCUACCACCCAUCGUCGCCACUUUGUAUUUUCCGAAGAAAAAAACCGCCCACUUCAAGAUCUGCGUGAGAAAGAUAAAAAGGUGCACCCAACCGCAGGGCUCCCCAUAACUUCUGGUAUCCGAACUGGGGCGGACAGGGGACGGCAAUUGGAAUCGUUAUGAAAAACGGACCUGUCGCAACGAGGUACGACCAGUGAGGACAACGUCAGACACGGGAGAAGACGAUAUUGAAUAUUUAAAUUCAGCACCGUGAAAUUGAAAGUGAAACUCCAGGAUGGGAGUUUCCGUUUAGGAUAGAGUACGGUAGAAAAGGCGCAAACCUGGACGGAAGAAAUUUAAUAAGUAAGCGCUCGUGAUUUCUGCUGUUUUUGCUGUCUGAUUACUGAUAUAUUUACUGCCGGAAUUUUCCGCGUACAAAAAAAAGUUAGAGGAGGACGGUAGAAUGAUAAUAGGUUUGAAAUUUAUGGAAAUUUGGUAACGGUACAAAGGAAGAGACCCUGGCAGUUAGUGUUUCUCAUGAAUGGAUUGGAUACGGUAUUUUUCUGAAGGUUGGUUACAAGUUCCUCAUUGUUUGCAUGAUUUGCACUUGGCUCUAUGUUCACCAGUCUAGUCAACGCUAAUUGAAAUCCCACCAGACGACACAACACCGAUCAUCAGCGCCCCCGCGUGAAGCAAUCUGACGGAAAUAAUAAACGCAAAAAAGCAAAAGCAGCUAAAUAGCGGGAGGAAUCAUGACACGAACCAUGACAGCGUCAACACCGCCGCCGUCACGGUCGCUGACAGCCGCUUGCGGUCCAUCAAGGCGGACCCUGCUCGGCGGUCUCCUGCUGCUGGUGAUCUGCAUACCGGAGGGCAUAAUUGGAUUCUGUCCGUCACUGUGUACCUGUGAGGCCGAUCGUAACCUGCGGACGGCUUGCAUCAACGCGUCUCUUGAGGUCGUCCCGAUACAGCUGAACCCGGAAGUGCGCUACAUCAACCUUAGCUCCAACGUAAUAACCAAUGUGCACUUCACACUAGGCUUCUACUAUCAGCUGGAGGUGCUGGACAUCUCCCACAACCGACUGGACACGCUCGGGUCGAAGAACUUUGAAGCGCAAGAGAAACUUCGAUCGCUGAAUCUGAGUGACAACUUGUUAGUCAGUUUGUUAAAGGACAGCUUUCGAGGAAUGAAACGACUGGAAAUUCUACUGCUGAACGAUAAUCGGAUAGAGAAAGUUCAUCCCACAGCCUUUCAAGGAUUGAAUAGCCUUAGGAUCUUGGAUUUGAGCAAUAAUCAGUUGGUGAGUUUCGAGGAAGAUGUUCUGAGACCGCUGGGUUCGCUGGAACGAUUGAAUUUAAAGAAUAAUCAACUGCUUGAAGUACCGUAUGACACUAACUUGCAAUAUUUAACGUCGCUGCGUCAUCUCGAUCUGUCGGUGAACCUGAUAGAGGUUAUUGCCAACGAUAGUUUCGAGGGGUUGCGCGAUUUGCGAACACUGCACUUGGAAGGCAAUGUGUUAACCGAGCUGGAUCUCGGUGCUUUCAAUGGGUUAAAUGCAUUGAAGCACAUUCAACUGGCCGAUAAUAAUUUGACGACCAUCCCAACGAUACAACUCUCCAAGCUAUACAACCUGACGGCGCUGACACUUAGUGGAAAUUCAUUCGUCGAACUUCCAGCGGUAUCGUUUCUUAAUCUGUUUCAUUUGCGGGAACUACACCUCACCCGGUUGGAUCGGCUAAAGCGAAUUGAUGCUCGAGCUUUCGUGGACAACACAUACCUGCAGAUUCUGACACUGGAUGAUAAUCCUUCCUUUAGUGAGCUCCCGUUACGACUGUUCCACGGUAAUCCGAACCUGAUCGAUAUUUCAAUGCGCCGCAAUGCUCUCGUAGCGCUGGAUGCGGUUCAUUUUCCGCUGGACAGACUACAGCGUUUGAAACUAGCGGGCAAUCCUCUGGCUUGCAACUGUUCGAUUAGAUGGUUGUGGCGAUUGGUUACUGGCACAGUGGACGAGGAAGACAGCGAUGGAGUAGCGAUGGUUGCACGUGGUGGUGACAGCUUGGCUAACAUUACAACGGUGCUGAUGAUCGAUAAAGAUGAGAUCGGGUGUGAUUUAAAUGAUGACGGUUUGGUCACCAGAAGAACACUGCGGACUAUGUCCGAGGGUGACAUCAACUGUCCCGCGCAUUGGGUGACGGUAGUUGGAGUUGUUGGGAGUAUUGUAGUGGUGUUGUUGGUAAUGUUCGUUGUAGUGUUCUACCGACGGAAGAUUAAACAGCGAAAGAAGAUAUUACAAGAGCGGAAAAAUGUGCACGAGCGGAUCGUACCACAAAAAGUAGAUAAGUUAGAGCUAGAGCGAUAUUUAGCCCAACAAGUGCUGGCUAACGACUACCGAGAGCUUAGACCAUGUGAUGUGUCGAUGCGAUAUGACAGUAAGUGUUCUACCCAACCGUUGCAUUCUCCUGAUCAGGAAGAGUCGGACCAUUACGAAAACAUCGAUUACCUCCAGCAUCAGCGAGCUUUGAACCAUCACAACCACCCAUACCAUCAGAACCAACAUACCCAUCCGUAUCACCAGGCACAACCGCAGGUCCAUAUGACCCUCCAACACACCGAUCAUUACCCCCAAAAAUUUUCUACCCCAUCCGGACAUCCCACUGCCAACAAUACCCUUCCAGUUGCUCCUCAGCAACGAAAUCAUUCGAGUGGUCAAGCCUAUUCUCCAAACUUUUUCAUCUACGUGCUAUAUUCUCACUUCAUCUUCCUGUUACUGAUAUUAUGAUGAACUAAAGCAUCGAAAUACACCGAAAAGCUCAAUGCGCUCUCAAAUACCCCUGUGUGGUACAAGUUCUGUUUGUUCUAGAUCGAAUCGUUUCAGAAUAUAAAGAUAUUGUUCCCCACUCAUGUUCACCUUCAAACAAACACUCUUCGUGACACCAACAACGCUACAUACAAUCACUCAUAGAAGAAUAAAAAAAAGAAUGAAAACAAAAACAUUCACUUCAUAUUCAUUGAUAUAGCAGAGAGUAAUAAAAAAGACACGCAUUAUUAUAGAUAUUUAAGACAGAAAAUACAUAACAAAAAAGGCAACAACGCUAAGGUCUACAUACAAAGUGUAGCGAAUUAGCCAGCGGAUGAUAUAUACUAUUUUGUACAGCUAUUUUCAUAUUUGUAAGUCAACACUUCAAUCAAAUUGUACAUUCUGAUGCAAUAAAACAUAGGUAAUGCAAGCGCCUGCGUUUUCAGUUAAAAGUUCCCAAAUUCACUCUUGUUUGGUAGCUUAAUCCAAUCUGUUUUGCCAUACUAGUGGUUAAGUUUAUAUUUAUUAAUAGCAAUUGGACGAUUAUAUUGUGUUUCGUUUUCUAGUGCACACCGUUAUCCGUACUUACGACCAGCGCCAUUUAAUUGAUUACUCCUAAUUUAGGGCUACCUGCGAUUUUCCCUACGAGAACUGUCUCCUUGUUCAGAAGACAUAAACAACUAACAUCUAAACUGACACAAACAAAACCGUUAACCGUAAUUAUAUGAAAUAUAACAUUUUUAUAAGCAACACUCACCCUACUGCGUAACUUGGAAAGACAUUUGAAGUAAACUAAGCAAAUCAUGAUAAUACAUCCGCAACAAAAGAGCAAAAAGACAUAACACUGUACUCAUAAUCCGCUGCUUCAUUCUCGCUCUUUUCGACAUUUUCUAACAGUUUAUAAAAUUGCGAUGUUAAGUACGUACUCUAGAUAUAUAUUUACGAAGAUUGUAACUUUUUUUUCGAAAAUGUGGCUGAAUCAAACAAAAAAAAAAACACAAUACCGGAUAAAAAAAGCAAAAUUCUUUAAACUAAGUAAUGUCAACACACACUCACUUACUCUGUUCGAGCAUAAGUUGUUAUAAGACUGAAGACAAUUGCGCAAAAUAAAGGUAGAACCAUCUUUAAA